AUGCACAUCCCGAAGCGACAGCGCAAUGGAACAUCUUGUGACGGCGAGGAGAAGCAAUCGAUCGAUCGAUCGAUUGGGGAGGAAGAAUAUUUCGCAGCAGUUGGUGAUCUCGACGACGGGGAAGAUGAUGAUGAUGAUGAUGAUGAUGAUGAUGAUGAUGAUGAUGAUGAUGAUGAUGAUGAUGAUGCAAGUGCCUUAAGUACCAAUCGGAUACGGGAGCAAUAUCUUGCGGCGCAGACUCCUAGAGAGAGCUGGAGGCGGAUGUCGGCCAGAAAGGAUCGUCGUCUUCAGACCGUGCUAGCGACUUGGGCACGGAACUCUGUGGUGGUUCACCAAAGCGCGAUAGCCGCCGCAUCUCUAGGCUUGGAGAGGAAUGCUGAAGCAGCGGGUUUUAGACUCGCGUUCUCCUACCUACCUAGCUACAACUUACACACUACCGCUCCACCUCGCUCGACUUCCGCAGGUCCUGUAGCGCGCAGCUUUUCAGUCGAACCUCUUCUCAAGCGUGCGCGUGAAGAACCCGCAGUCCGCGGCCAUCGGCCUUUUUUCUUCGGUAACGCGUUGAAGGAUCGGGGGGAGGCGUGUGUUCCUGCAGGAGUCUAA